UAUUACAUCUGCUUUAAUACUGUUGCGGUAGCAAGGAUUCAUCAGGUGUGGGGUCUGCAGCAUGUGGCGGCGAUGACGCGGCGUGCAGCGCACGGCAUGCCCUGCUGACAUGGCACCCAGCCGCUCCGCCCUCCUUACGCUGGCAGCUCUCACAGCACUCGCCGGGUGUUGUGUGUGCGCGCCGCAAGGCAGCGUGCAGGGCGGCGCGCAGGUGCCGGCUGUGUCGCACUCCACCGCGCCGCCCGCCGGCGUCGGCGGCGUCCGCAGAUUCAGUCAGUAUUCCAGAGGGCGAGGCUAUCGCGACUGGCGCACCCGAGGCGAUCCCACGCUCAUCAAUUCACUCUGGCGCAGCCGGCAACCAUUAGGCAUUCGGAAGCAGCUCGGAAACGCAGAGGUGUACAUAGUACUAGCAUUGCUGAUAGGAGUGGUGACAGUAGUGGUAGGGUGUUGGCUAUCCGACAACUGCUGGUCGCCGGAGCCGGAAGACGUGCUGGCGGGCGGCUGACCCGUAGCGGCGGGCGCUUGCACGCACGUGUAGCGCCCGCCUUCCGCGGCGGAC